GCAGCACAGGUGGACUUGGGCACGUUCACAGUUCAUUUAAGCAAACUCAGCCCUGUGCAAGUCAAGAGUUUGCCACUUGUAAUUCUGAGGCUGAGGGAAAAAGAGUUCUCACAUCUGCAAGAAAGGUGGCCCUGGGGUCUUCAAAGGCUGCUUACCAGGGCCUGAGGAGCCGCCUCCUAGCAGGCACACUUCAUGGCUGGGUGAGGAAUGCUUGCUCCCCUAUAAAAGUUCCCAUGCCCUGUUCCUUGGGAGGGGUGACAGGGACGCAGGAAGGCAGGAGAACCAGAGUCCCAGUGGGCCAUGCUUGCUGCCUCCGUCCUGCGUCUGACACUGCUGCUCUGCUGGCUGGCUGCCCUCCAGCCCACCCAGCCUGAAAGGCUCUUCCACAGCCGGGACCGUUCGGACCUGGAGCCAUCCCCCCUGAGCCGGGCCAAGCCCAUUGCUGACCUCCAUGCUGCUCAGAGAUUCCUGUCAAGAUACGGCUGGUCAGAGGUGCCUUCAGUCUGGGGAACCAGCCCUCAAGGGUCAGCGGAGGCCCCUGUGGGUUCCACCCUAGCCCAAGCCAUGCGCAGGUUCCAAAGAGCGAACAGCCUGCCUGCCAGUGGGAAGCUGGACUCGCCCACACUGGCAGCUAUGAACAGGCCACGCUGUGGUGUCCCUGACACACGGCUGCCACCUCAGUCUGCCCUGUCAACCCCACCAGCCCCCAUAAUCCCUUACAGUCCACGACCCAGGAGCCGACCAAAGCGCUUUCUUCAAAUGCUGCUGCCCAAGGCAGGUGGGCAGCAUGAGGACGCCACAGACACUGGGACCAGCAGGGCCUUCUCCAAGAAGACCCUGACCUGGAGGCUGGUGGGAGAAGCCUACAGCAGCCAGCUCUCUGUAGAUGAGCAGAGAUACAUCUUUAGACUGGCCUUCAGGAUGUGGAGUGAGGUAACACCGCUGGACUUCCGGGAGGACCUCACUGCUCCUGGGGCCACUGUGGACAUAAAACUGGGUUUUGGGAGAGGCCGACACUUGGGCUGUCCUCGGGUGUUUGAUGGGAGUGGGCAGGAGUUUGCACAUGCCUGGCGCCUGGGAGAUAUACACUUCGAUGAUGAUGAGCACUUCACCCCUCUCUCCAGUGACACGGGUAUCAGCCUUCUCAAAGUGGCUGUCCACGAAAUUGGCCAUGUCCUCGGCUUGCCUCACACCUACAGGGUGGGGUCCAUAAUGCAACCAAACUAUAUUCCCCAGGAUCCUGUGUUUGAGUUGGACUGGUCAGACAGAAAAGCAAUUCAAAGGCUGUAUGGUUCAUGUGAGGGGUCAUUUGAUACUGCCUUUGACUGGAUUCACAAAGAGAAGAACCAAUAUGGAGAGGUGAGAGUGAGAUUCAACACCUAUUUCUUCCGCAACAGCUGGUAUUGGCUCUAUGAAAACCGCAACAACAGGACCCGCUACGGGGACCCUCUCCAAAUUCUCACUGGCUGGCAUGGAAUCCCCCCACAAAACAUAGAUGCCUUUGUCCAUGUCUGGUCACGGGGAAGAGACGAGCGCUACUUUUUUAAAGGAAACCAAUACUGGAGAUAUGACAGUGAGAAGGAUCAGGCGUACAUGGAAGACGAGCAGGGAAGAGGCUAUCCCAAACUGAUUUCGGAAGGCUUCCCUGGUGUUCCCAGCUCCCUGGACACUGCCUUUUACGAGCGAAGGCAGCAGCUGAUUUACUUCUUCAAGGAGUCUCUCGUAUUUGCAUUUGAUGUGAACAGAAACCAAGUGCUUAAUUCUUAUCCAAAGAAGAUGACCCAAGUUUUUCCAGCAAUAAUGCCACAAAACCAUCCAUUCAGAAACAUAGACUCAGCUUACUACUCCUACGCACACAACUCCAUUUUCUUUUUCAAAGGCAAUGUGUACUGGAAAGUAGUUAGUGACAAGGACAGACGGCAGAGCUCUCGGCUGCCUUUCAAUGGCUUAUUUCCAAAAAAAUCUAUUUCAGAGAAGUGGUUUGAUGUUUGUGAUGUUCAUAUGUCUACAUUGAACAUGUGAUGAGAACAGGAAAAUCAAGACAGCACUAGGACUCAGGAACAACUUCUAAGAGAAAAAGUCUGAAUUUUUUCAAAGAUUUUCAGUAGCUAAAACAAACGUGGCUUCCUACGCUAAAACCAAAUGGAAGAGCAGUACUUCAGCUUAUCAGUCAAUUUAAGGGCCAGUUACUCGGGGGAAAAUCUCUUAAAUACAACAAACGAUUUUAUUCCAAGGAAUCUAUUCUACUUUCCAUAAACUCUGCUGAA